AAACGAUCAGAACAAGCGAAAAAUUCCCAACGUACCGCGAAAAUUGGUCACUUUCGACUUUCAUUACUUUAUGGGUUCAAAGCAGAGGCAUAUCCAAUUUGUGAAUGCAAGACCAUCGUCAGAAAAUGAGAGCUUGGAGAUAAAACAGAAAAUCGCUGCUCACGUUGGGAGAUGGAUUUCUGAGCAACAUAAACGCCACCCGCAUAGACGCCGCAAAAUCAUCAAGUCCACAGUCCCUCGAGGCUCCACGGCCAUCUUUGUCGGAAAACACCGAGAAGAGGACGGCACAAGAGUCGUAAAAAGCCAUCCUAGUCAAUCUUCGGCGUAUGGGAUGCCAUUAACAUACAUAUCCACUUCUACAAAACAUCGGCUACCAUACGAUGCAGUAUAUGGGCCGCACAAUUCAACGUCAUAUUCUUCGCAACACUUACGUUCAAAUCAUGACAUUGGAUAUCCCUAUUCAAGACACAGGAGUCGUACUGAAAUAUUUCAGCAGCAGUCUGACUGUUCGUGCUGUUGCCACUUAUACCAAAACAAUUUAUUAUCCGGACGGACCAGAACUUCUAUCAAUCAUGAAGGUGAUGCUGUGGUCAGACCCUUGGGUCCAGAAUAAUCCCCCGAAUAUGACCCAGCUCAUGCCAGAUCAAUCAUCUCAUCUUGCGUAAGAAAUCUCUCAUGUACUAGCCAGAGAAGGAGCCAUACCCAAGUUCACAAAUGUGUUAAGAGGUGGAGAUAGAUGUCAACAGAAAGUAUCAUCAUUCCCGACGGCUCGUUGAUCUCCUAGUAGUUCGUUUGUCAACCGAGCUCGAUUUUCAUAUCUACAGAGAUCACCAAAUUCGUGGCUAUCAUCUAGGCCGCAUAGUAAAACGCUUAGGAGACCAAUAUCUCAUACGACCUCACUUGCAUGCCUUUUGGUUCCUAUACAGUGAAUGACCAAAUUUCGUCCUACCAUAUGAAGCACUGGAAUGCACAUGUGCCAACUCCUAAAUACACAGUCCAGGCUUCGCCAUGACAUGCUGAUAUCUAUGACUGCGUGAAC